AUGGCAUUUCCCGGAGCACCGCAACUUAUCUUUGGCUGUGGCGGGCUCGGCAAUGAAUUUGUCGGCGAAGAUUCGGUAACAGAGCUAUUGCAAACGCUCAAGCAGUUCGGCGUGAGCCGGCUCGACACAGCUACGCUCUAUCCGCCGACAGACAUUGGAGCUUCGCAACGUCUGCUUGGGCGAACGGGGGCAGCAAGGUUGGGAUUCACCAUUGAUACCAAGGUUCUGGUCAGCUUAUCCGGUCUGAAAGGGACCCUCGAGCCCGAGAAGAUCGACAAAUAUGUUGCAGAAAGCAAUGAAGUCCUACGGUUUGAGGAUGGUCAGCGCAUCAACGUGCUGCACGCCCAUGCCCCGGACGUCGUCACGCCGUUGGAGGAGCAAGCAGCAGGGUUCGACAAACAGUACAAGAAGGGUCUCUUUGACAAAGUGAACACUUCCAUUUUUUCCCGGGAGAAAUAUUCUGGAGGUGAAUCUGAGACUGACCACGAACUGCAGCUUGGUCUUUCCAAUUUCCCUCUGGACAUGCUCUCCGAGUUCAUAGACAUCUGCGACCGUGAGGGGUACGUCAAGCCCGCAGUUUAUCAAGGACUCUAUAAAAUCAUCGACCGCCGACACGAGGGACCUCUACUCGACUUCGUGCACAAACAGGGUAUGCAGUUCGUGGCGCACAGUCCGCUGGCCAGUGGCUUCCUGCACGGCAGACUAACGACGGGCGAUGUCGAGGGCACGCGUUUCGCGGAGGGCAACAUAAUGUCCAUGGAUGCUCGGCGGUAUGACACAGACAAACACCACGACAUUAUCCGCUCACUCGACAAGGUGCUUGAGCCACACGGCAUCACCAAGACUGAUGCCGCGCUGCGCUGGCUCGCAUACCACUCCCAGCUGACACCUCAAGAUGGGAUCAUCUUCGGCUCCAGCAAGCUCGCUCAAGCCAAGCAGAAUGUGGCCGCCAUUGGCGAGGGUCCACUUCCGGCUGAUGUGUUGGUGGCACUAGACAGCGCCUGCGAUACCAUGGCAUCGCACCGUACUGGCAGCUAUAGCGAGGAAAAUAUGAAUAGUUGGCGCACAAUGACUGCCAGCUAG